AAAUGUCCUACUUCCUCAGGACAGCCUUCCUUUGCCAAGGUGGCAAUGCCAGCUAGGUAAUUCAGCAAGAAGCCUUUUUGGCCAAGGGGUAAACCCCCGCAGUCGCCAUGUCCGGCCGCUUCGUGCGCCAGCAGCGGCGCAAGCGGUGGGCGGAUACGGGCAUCGUCUUUCCACCAGCGUUUGUUGCACGCGCCGCGCUUCUUGCCCGGUGCGACCACCCACCCAUCGCGGCAUUCGCUGCGCAGCUGAGCAGUUUUGCAGCGCUGACGAGCACGUAUGAUGAGGUGGCGAGGUUCAAGGGCAUUGCGGCGCUGCUGCUGAAGGCAGCAAAGGAGAUUGACAGCCAGGAAGGCACCGACGGGGCCACCAAUUAUUCUGAUCUUUCAGAAGCGGUGGACCUCUUUCUGGAGCUUCUCUUCUUCGAGAACUCCCGACCACUGCACUCUCACCUUCUCAUCACUGCCAUCCGCCUCCCCUCGCUACCCCCCCCACCAUUACCACCUCCAGCAGGGGGGUCGCCUGCCACGCCCAAACCACUCCCCCAGGAAAGCGAGCGGUUCUCAUGGCUGGCGACUCGCAUCGCGCGCCUGUGUCAAGAGUACAGCGAGGGGGGCCCAAAGGCACGGCGGUUCGCUUUAGUGGGGGUCACUUCUACUCUAAUUGGCGCCCAAUUCCAGCCCCUGUUGGCCCCGGUGACCAAGCUGUCGGCUCUCGUGAUCGCACGGGAGUUGUGCGGGUAUGUCGCAUACGCGACGCGGCACGUGAUGUCAGCGGUGAUGGACGAGUGCCAGGAGGCGCUGUCAGCGCUCUUUUUUCUACAGCGCGAGUAUGGGGAGCAGAUGCUCGGGCCAGGGGCCAACCGCGUGCUCUCGACGGCUGCCGGCAAGAACACUGCAGCAACGGAAGGUGCGGAAGCUAGAUCAGGGGGGUAUGUGAGCAGUGGACAUGUGGGGGCAGUGCAAGGGGAGGGAAGGCAAGCAGAGGGAUCCCAAGGGGCCGGGACACAAGCGAGGGGCACACCUGGGGGGGUAACACUGGAAGGUUUGGGGAUGGCGAGCGAAACGGGGGGGGACGAAGGGGAGGGGCUUAAAGUGUACCGCGCAAUCGUCACAACAGUUCUAGGAGUGUUGCAAAGCGGCACUCUGACUCGGGAGUGCGACGUCGCUGCGAGUGUGUCUCUGUGCGGGGCCGUUUUACUCGGUUCCGACCCUUCGGAUCUCGCACUCGAACUCACUCGAGCCUUCUUGUCAGAAGGCGAGGCUGUCAGCUUCUACGGUCUCGACGCGUCCUUGAAAAGUGGUGAAAAUGGAGCGACGGAAGUCUCUUCCAGUAGCCCAGCUCAACCAGCUUCGAGUUCUCGUUCCGUAUCCCGCCUUCCAGUCAACACUCUGGUUUUAAACCCGCUGAAUUCAGACCUCCGGACCGAGUUCCGAAAGUGCACCGAAUUCGGACGGCUGUGCAUCCUCCGGAGUCUUCUAACCACGACCCCUCGUCCAGAACUCAACCGCCCACUUCUGCGCCAAACUCCCUCAACCGCGGCGGACCCCGGGACCCUAACCCCCGCUAAACCCUGGACACUCCUGUACGACGGGAUCCUUCCGACGCUGUGUCGGCUGUGCGAGGAUGCGACCGACGCGCAUUUCAAGUUCCACGCGAUAACAAGCCUGCAAGUGUGCCUCCAGCAAGUGAAGGCUUCGCUCGAGGAGUCGCUAGCGGGGGUGCGGAGCACUGGGGUUGACGAGGGUUUGGAGAGGGUUAGUGGGGAAGUUGUUGCUGCUAAUGCGGACUCUGUGGAAGCCGGGUCGCGGGAGGAAGACGUGAAGGGAGUGAAUGGACAGUCGGAAGAGUCACGGUCUUGGGAGACUUUGCUCGAAGGGGAGGCAAACGGAUUGGCCGUGGAUAGAGAGGGAGAGGAAGUCGAGGGUUUGACUUCGCUGACUCUCGAUGGAGAAAGAGCGGUGGGCGACGUUGUUGCCGAAACGGGGGCAGAGGGGUACCCAUUAGACGGCACCUCGGUUGAGAAUGCCGGCAGUGAUUUGACAUUGAAAGGAACGGAGAGGAGCGGAGGGGAAACGAUUUGGGAAAGGGAGGGGUCCAGGAACGAUGCAUCAGGACGAGCGAGCAUGCUGCUGACGAAGGAAGCGCUGGACCGGGUGUUGCAGAUCGUGUGGAACAACUGGGAGGAUCCACUGACACAGACCGUCAAGCAGGCGCAGGCUGUCUUCGACCUACUGAUCGAGAUUCACGCCCUUUACGGCGGCGACACGUCGUUCCUGGAGAACCUGGCACGUGAUCUGCUCGCGAUCAGCCCCCACCGCAAGGGCCGGUACAUGCCGCUGGCCGCCAUUGCGAGCCGGAUGGGCUCCACGUGGCUGCUCGAGAGAAGCCCACGUAUCGUUCGGGGAGUGCUCGAGGCGAUGGUCAACGACUCCAUUUGCUGCCAAGCACAGAGCUUUCUCAAGGCCUUCCUCGAGCGCCUCCGCUCCGAGUGCUGGACGGCCGAGGGGGGCGCCGUGGCCGGUGACGUGGCAUGGCGUCAGCACUGGGCGCCGGACCUGCUGGCCGUUCUCCUGCGCAGCGAUCAACGGCUGAGAGCGCAUCUGGCGGCAUAUGUCCUCCCACUGGUGCUUUCGAUCGAUCCCGACAGCCUGCAGCCCCUGCUGCGCUCGAUUCUGUCCGUUUCGAGGGAGCGGGGUUCAGACCGUAGGACGACCCCCCUGGAAAGCGGGGACGAGGAAGCUGUAGAGAAGGACCGUCAGUCAGCGCAGGAAGCUCUAGAGGGAGCCGAGAGGGAGCAAGAAGGGGAAGGAAGUCUAAAGCGGUCGGACGCGGCGACGAAAACCGGUGGGCAUCUGUCAGCGGAGGCCGUGCCAGCGUUGAUCGUGACGCUCAAAGUUGCGCGAUCCCUUGGGAUCAUUGUAGGGGGUUUGGACGCUUUCGUCGAGGACCGGGCCUUGUUUUCGGGGCGCCCGCACGAAUCCGCCUCUGGAAACGCUAACGGCGACGAGAACAGGGCCUGCGGGCGGCUCGGUUCGUUGCGCGUCCCGGUGUCGGCGCUCGAGGACGCGGUGUGCCACGCGGAAGAAUCUCUAAGGGUCUCCGCAGCCGAACUCGUGUGCCUGAACCCUAAGAGCAUCACGAUGCCGUGCGAACUAGAGCUGCGGCUUCUGCGGCGCGCGAUCCCGCUGAACCUGCGACCGAGCUCGACAGGGUUCCGGAACAAGUGGACGAACCUGAUGCGGAAGUUUUUCGAGCGAGUGAGGGCGUCGGCGGAUCAUUGGUCGCAUCAAAGGGAGCUGGCGAGAAAGGAGCAGGAAGGGGGGAGAACGGAGAAGUACGAGGGGUAUAAGGGGAGCGCGAAAGUGAAAAGGGCGGCCGACAGAGAAAGCACUUCCGCUCACAAGAGCGACGAAGACCCGGAAGGCGCUGCCACGCUGGCCACCUUGGAGCGAUUCAUGACGUGGCUGAGCAGGCUGCUGAUGUCAUCACUCUACCCAAGCGCCCCCUACGAGCGAAAGCAGAUGGCCAUGGACCUGCUAGGGCGCCUUCUGGAGGUGUGGGACCCGGCGGCGCCCCCGUCGCGGGGGGGUGACGUCAGGUGGCUGUGGCCGUACGCGGAUGACGUCACGGGGCGCGAGGCGACGCUGGUGCUCGUGGGGGCGGUUGUGGAUAGUUGGGACCGUCUCCGAGAGGGCGCCUUCGGCCUCCUUCUCAAGUAUCCCACCCCUCUCCCCGGGUUAGAGCAACUGGGCACAAUCGAGCCCGUUCUCGCCUGGGCCAAGGGCCUAGUGUACAGUCCCCGGGUACGGGAGAGCGACGCGGGUUCGCUGGUGCUGCGCCUGGUGUUUCGAAAGUAUGUCGUGGAACUAGGGUGGGGGCUGCAGCUGCAUCCGGAACCCAAAGCGAUCGUGCCAGAGACUCAGGGCCCAUUAGACGCUGCACAGCGUGGCGCGGCCAUCGUCCGGUACCUCGAAUGCCUCAACGAUUGGCUCGAAGCGGAAGUCGUGCUUGGGAACCGGGACCUCCCCGGGGCUUGCGAGCACAGUCUAGUUCACGGGGUGCUUCUCGCGACUCGGUACACGAUGGAAGAACUAGACUGGCGGUCGGAUGCGGUUUCGGCGGCAGCGGAGGGUUUGCGGGUCUCGCUGAAGCGCCUGCUGGGGCUUAUUCUCAGGGUGACCGCACUGGCGCUGUGGGUGGUCAGUGUGAAUGCGCUUAACCUGAAGGAGUUGGAGAAGGGCCCGGAACACGUGGAGGAUUUGGCGGAGGGGGUGCGGAAGGUGCAGAUGUAUGGAAACGGGGGGGUGGAUUUGGCCGGGCGGGGCGGGGAGGGGGAAAGCGAGAGUGGAGGAGAGGAGUCGGAUGGGGAGUCGGAGUUCAGUUCUGAUUCUGAGGGCGAAGAAAGCGACGACGAUCGAAGUGGGGGGGCGCAAAACGGUUCGGGGGGGGCUGCGUACAGCAAAGAUGAGCCCCAGGAGUUUGACGACGGCAGCGGAAUGGCCCCCCGGGAGCAGAUGGUAAUGGUUGCGUGCUGGCUGAGCAUGAAGGAAGUGAGCCUGCUGCUGGGGACCGUUACCAGGCGGGUGCCCCUCGGGGGGGGUUCGGAAGGGGGGUGGACGAAAGCUGCGUUUGCGGAGGCGCCAGUAGGAGCAGCAGGGAACGUUCUUGAGGCCGCCUCAGAGAGCAAAGGACUAUCCAGUUCGAGAACUGAGGGAGGAGAAAGGGACGACGAGAGCGUGUCGAAAGGGGAACCGAAGCUUGAAGAUCAAGGGUUGGGGUCUGCGGCAGUGACGAAAAACGGAGGGGCAACUUUUGUGAAGUCGGAUGGCGGUGGGGAGGGCUUGUUAGACCCGGAGCAGUUGCGGCAGAUCGGGGACCACUUCGUGACGGUCCUCCUAGGGAUGAAGCACAACGGCGCAAUCGACAAGACGCAGCUGGGGUUCGUGGCGCUGUGCGAGCGCAUGCUCAAGUGUGGCACGCCUGAGCUGACCCGCCUCCCCGAGCAGUGGAUGGAGCGCUUGAUGGCCAAAGCGAGCAGCCCGGGGCAAGGCGUCGACGACCUGGUCCGCCGGAGCGCCGGGAUUCCGGCCGCUUUCUUGGCCCUCUUCGAAGCGGAACCGGAAGGAGCGCCCAAGAGACUGCUCAAGAAGGCGAUGCCCUGGCUGCUCAGCUGGGCCCGGGGGGAGCCCCCGGGCAAGACGAUUCCCGCCAGGCGGGCGGCGGAAGAUGCCGCGGAAAUGACCCCCCAGGGUGAGGAGCCGAGCGCAGAGGGGCCGGAAUCGGAACGGGGCGAAGGGAGCCAUCCGGAGACUGGCGCGAAGGAUACAUCGGGGCAAAAGGGAGAGCUGGGGGGGGGUGAGAAAGUGCCUGAAGGAGACCCCCCCGAAGGAUCCGAACAGGCUGGAAAAGUGGUCGGGGGAUGGCAGCGGGUGGUUAAGGCUGCGCUGGAGGGAAUGGUCCCGCAGGUGCACGCGUUCAAUACACUACGAGUGGCCUUUGGAAAUACCAACCUGGGCACCGAUACGUCGGGAUUUGCGGCAGAGGGGCUGAUGGUGGCGGUCAGGGGGUUUGCAUCGCCGCACUGGGAGGUCCGCAACGCGGCCUCUCUGGCGUACGCCGCGCUGGUGCUGCGCAUGGUGGGCUACCUGAACCUGCGCCAGUCGGAGCGCGCGCACAAAAAGGGCAUCUCCAGCCUCGACUUCUUCAACAGAUACCCAACGCUGCACCCCUUCCUCCUCGACGAAUUGCGCGCUGCCACGUGGCAGCUCGAGAACCCCUCCACCCAGCGCACCACCGCCGUGCACCCGUCCCUGUACCCGGUGCUCAUGCUGCUCGCCAGGCUGCGCCCAUCCGUCCUUCAGACCGCCCAGGAUGACGUGAACUCGCCGUCAGCGUUCAUUCCGUUCGUCAUGCGGUGCGCCACGCAGAGGAACGCCCACGUUCGCGCACUGGCGAGCCGCGCUUUGGCUCCCCUCGUCCCCGCCAAAGACGUCCUGCCGCUUCUGAAGCGCCUCGUAUCUGCGUUACCUCAAACUCCUCCCUCCACCACCGAUUCCUGCGUCUCUUCCUCGGGCCUCGAACCGGCUAACCCCGAACCGGGCAGCGACGAACUCAGUCCUACGUCGCAAGACUGCUCGUCUCAUAACGCGGUCCGUGACGGAACCAGCCCGGAAACAAGUCCUGCAUGCGGCGAUUUCCGCGGAGAAGCCACCGGUUCAGAGUCCGCCAACCCCGCUUCCCCGUCCUCGAGCGGCGAACCCGCCAGCCCUGAAACUUCAAACCCCUCUACAAACUUUCUAAACCCCUCUCCAAACCCCGCAAAUCUCUCUUCAACCCCCCCAAACCCCUCUUCAAACGCCGCUCACGGGAGCCUCCUUCAAGCGUGCGCGUUACUCAGUAGCGUCAGUCAGUGGACCGACGAACCGGCCCGUUUGUCCGUGCUGCAAGAAGCGCUGCCGCUGAUAGAGUCGCGUGCCUGGCUGGGGUCGCCUAAACGGGGAUGCCGCAGCCCCCUAGUGGCAGUCGCGUUUCUGAAACUUUUAGAUGGGCUGCGGGAGGGCGUGGUAGGGUUGGAGAACGGGGACGAGUUGCGGAAUCGCGUGCGAGAUUUGCUGCUGGAGCUUUGCCGGGAAGCAGGCCGGCUCGGGGGGGUAGAUUUGGCAGAAAACGGCGGGGGAGGAAACGGGAUUAGCUUUGGGGCAGCCGUGGCGGAGGCGGAUCUGAGGGAGAAGGCGGCUUUGCUGUACUUCGGCUGUGCUCUUUCGCCUGAGAGUCCUCUUCCGGGAAAUGCGGUAGCAGGCAGAGGCAGCACCGGAGGGGGAAGCUUUUGGGGGGCCGUGGUAGAGAGCGCACCGGGUGACUCCAGCUACGAAGUGCGGCUCGCCGUCCUGAAGUCCUUGAAGAAGUUCGCAUCCGGGGGGGUUGUCGGCAGUGGCGUUGUUUCCCCCUUAGAGUCGAGUUUCCUGCUGAAGGCGAUCGUGCGACGGCUGGCGGUUGAAGCCCACCCGAAGUGCGUUCGGAGGGCCCUGCGCGUGUUCUUCCUGCUCAGCCAAGCAGAGCGGAAUCCGGUGACGGGAGCCAAAACAGGGCCCGGAGUUUCAGACGGAGCUUUGGGCACGAGUAACACUGCGGAGAUAGAGGCCUUGUGGGAGACGGUGUUGAGCGUCUACUUGACGGCGCGACAAGGGAAGAGCAAGGAAGCGGCCCUGUGCUGCCUAGGGGCGUGCUUGAACCGCCUGUUACAGGAGCGACGCUUCCCGAAACAAGGCCUCGAGGGGGAUAGCAGGCAAGAGAGUCACUCCAGUGCCGGUCUGCAAGAUGUUUCUGAAAGUUGCGCGACAGGAGCCAAAGUGAGUCAGCGCGAAGCGUUGAAGACCGGCGGGAUCAACGCGAUUGGAAUGGGUUCUGCAACCCGGGUUAGUGCUAACGAAGUAGGGUUCGCAAACGGGACCAGUGCUAACGAAGCGGGGUUAGCCGAGAAAGUGGCCUUGUUUCUGAAGCUGGUGAAGAAGCACAGCCGCGCGAGCGAGCCGGUCAGCUUCCGGUCUGCAGCGGGAGACGCGGUAGUCGCGAGCGGACUCCUAAAGCUCGCGCCGGCAGCAGCGGCCUCCCUGCAGCCCGGAGAAUCCGCUAAGCUUCCCAAAGGAGCCGCCGAGGAGGAACGGGAGGGAGACGAAACGUGGUUGGUGGAGGCGGUUUUGGACGCGUGGUUCCUAACGGCGCGUUUGUUGGAAGACGAAGACGAGGAUUUGCGGGACAGGUUAGCGGUAAGUAUGACCCACGAAGUCGAGAGCGCGAAAAGCGGGUUGAGCAGUAAAUCUUCCAAAUCUCAAAGCCCCUCCCAAGUCGAGCAAACCCUGGUUCGGACGCUGGACUACCUAACCGAGCUCUUUGGGGGCUGGUCGGAGUCGUACUUGAACCGGUUAGCGGGGUGGAUCUACGGGCCACGUGGCAGGCACGGGUUGGCCAGGAUCGAGGGUCGCGACCUCGUGCGCCGGUUGUUCGACAAGGAGCUCGAUAACCAUCACGAGGAAGACGCGCUCUUCGCACAAUUGGCGAGCCACCACCUGCGGAGGAUCUUGGGCGGGAAGCGAUGUGAAUCAGUACCUUCCAGGGGGUGUGAAUCGGCGCCUCCUGGGAAGAUGCUCCCACAACCCGGGUUAGGCCUCCGAACAGGACCAAACCAGGCUCCGAAACCUCCUGUAACCCCUGUGGCGUUCCCCGAGCAGCCCACUGCGACUUCGGAGGCAGAAAACCCAGCCAGAGGCCCUGUCGGGAACGGAGUGGUCGCGUUCGAGGGGGCAGACGGAGAAACGGAGCUGACAACGGGGCCUUUCGAGGAAGUCGUCCGGUUCUGGCGGGGCAAGUUUUCGGACCGGUUGGAUACCGCUGUGCGAGUGACGCUGCGGUUGCAGGAAACAGCGGCCUGGGUUGGAGGGGUGACGAACCACGCGGACGCGUUCGCGCUUCUCUACCGGGCACUCCUGGGCCUGCUGACGUUUGCACCUACGUCAUCAAACGGUGCGGAUUUGCAGUCUCGCCUGAGGGAACCGCUAGCUAGUGCAGAAGUUCGUUUCCCGGGGCGCGAGAACGGGGAGGUAGGAACGGCGGAACGUGCUGCGGAAAGCGCAACUAGGAGUGGGGAUACUGGAGAGCGAAAGACUGACGAGCUGCGGAAAGUUCGGGAGAGCUUAGAGGUCGCCGCGAGGGUGCUGUUUGGGAUGGCUCUCAACCCGCUGGUCGCGCAGGCCCUGCUCAAGGCGAUGGCAGUGUUCCGGGUUCCGUUGGAGACGGUAGUAUCGGACGGAACGGAUUUGGCACGGUGGCAGCAGACGCAGGCGCAGGAGUUCGACGAGUGCUUUCUGAUGGUAGCGCGUCGGAGAGCGUGCCACACUCCAGUUUGUGAAGCCAUUGACUUUGAGAAUUCAUUAUAGCCAGCGCGGUUUAUGUCGCGACAGACCUAUGGAGGAAAUGUAACCAUAGCAUGGACGACAUUCGGAAAACCUCCAACAUUGGACGCGGUUGCAUAUGUCCACUCCCGGUUCCUUCUUGCUGCAGCUCAGCCAAAGAUUCUACGACACGC